CCCGCCGCUCUCUUCAUGCUGGGCCGAGCCGACAGGCCAACUCCACGGCCCAUUAGGCCGACGUCCUCCUCGCAGCCACGCGCUACGCCUCCGCGGCUUAUCGUCUCCUCCACCGGGCACACCGCCGCGCCACCGCCAGUGAGCCAGCGACGCCACCGCGCCGCGCGCCAUGCCGCUCCUCCUCCACCCGCGCUUCCCCUCCUCCCACGCCGCGGCCUGCGCCCACCGCGCCGCCGCCGCCCACCGCGACGCGCGGCCCGCGCUUCGCCUCCCCGAGCUACACGCGACGAGGCGGAGGCGGAACAACGUCGCGUGCCGCGCGACCAGGGCCAGGGAGGCGCCGCCGCAGCAGCAGAAUACGGCGGCGGCGCUGUCCAAGGAGGCGCACAAGUACUUCGACCACGCCGUGGUCACCGUCCGCGCGGGCGACGGCGGCCACGGCGCCGUCCUCGCCAUGCCGGCCUCCCCCUCGACGGACGCCCCCAAAUCCCCCCGCCGCAGGUCGGACAAGGGCAAGAGGAGCGGCGUGAAGAAGGUGUCGUACAAGAGGAACUACGACGGGUCGGUGGCGCUGCCGAUGGGCGGCCACGGCGGCGAUGUGGUGGUGUACGCCGACGAGGCGGAGGAGACGCUGCUCCGGUUCCACGAGAAGGCCCGAUACUGCGCCAAGAGGGGAGGCAACGUGGGCGCCACCGGAACCCUGAGCUCGCGGAUGCACAAUGGCUUCGCCGGGGAGACGCUCAGGAUACCCGUGCCUGUACUGUUGUGAAGCGCAAGAAAGGCGCUGUUCUUGCUGAUUUGGCUCAUCCCGGUGAUGAAGUUAUUGUUGCUAGGGGUGGACAAGGCGGGAUAAGCUUGAUCGAUGUGCCUGAGUACAGAAGGAGGAAAGCCAUGGUUUUAUCACCUAAUAUCAUGCGUGAUGUUAGUGACAGGGUGUUAAUUCAUGGUCAGCCUGGUGAGGAAGUAAGCUUGGAGUUAAUCUUAAGGGUGGUUGCAGACGUUGGUCUUGUGGGACUUCCAAAUGCUGGAAAGUCAACACUUCUAUCAGCAAUAACACUUGCAAGACCAGACAUUGCUGAUUAUCCAUUCACUACAUUAAUGCCAAAUCUUGGUCGUCUUGGUGGAGAUCCUGCUCUAGGGGCGUUGCAGUUUUCCUCAGAGGCAACAUUGGCAGACUUGCCAGGUCUCAUUGAGGGUGCUCAUCUGGGCAAGGGUCUUGGUCGCAAUUUCUUGAGACAUUUAAGGAGAACUAGAGUAAUCGUCCAUGUUGUUGAUGCUGCUGCUGAUGACCCUGUGGAUGAUUAUAAGAUUGUUAGAGAAGAACUCAGGAUGUAUAACCCCCAAUAUCUGGAGAGACCUUACGUUGUGGUUCUGAAUAAGAUUGAUCUUCCUAAGGCCCAAGACAGGCUAUCUUCACUGGCUUUUGAGAUAUCCUCAAUAGGCUGUGAAGAAUGUGAUGGUAACAAUACAAGCGAAGACAGUUUAAACGGAAAUACAGGCGAACAUAAUACCUCAUCAGAGACUAAAGUUGAAGGUGGUGAAAAGGAACUUCGGGACUAUCCAAGACCUCAAGCUGUUGUUGGUGCAAGUGUACUGAAGCACAUCGGAAUCGAUGAGAUGCUAAAGGAGAUUAGGGCAGCCCUGAGAAAAUGUUUUGAUCACAGGUUACCUGAGCCAUGAAUGGAAGUCAGCCAGCAUACCAGAGGCUAGUACGAAGACCAUAGACAAGUUCUCAAGUAGCAGAGACAGAUCGAGCUCGGCUCUUGCAAGGACAACAGGGUUCCCUUGGUUUGCAGCAAUUUCGACGGUUGAUGAAGCAUGAAAAUGACCAUCAGAAAGUGUGAUGAUAUGGGAGUUUAUCAGUAUGAGAAGAUGCUAUUCGUUAAAAAAAAUUAUUCGUUCAAAAAUGUAUGAGAAGAUGGUACGAAAUGCCAGUCAGCAGACGCGUGUGAAUAGGAAAGGAUAGUUCUGUGUGUUGUUAGACCCUUUUGUGUACGAUCCAAUUGGCACGUAAUGAAGCAAGCAGCUUUGAUGCAUAUA